CAUUAAUUCAACGAAGAAGAAACAGAAGUGGUGGCAAGGGAAUGCGACGAAGAAGAGUGAGGAGAAUGCUAAACGGAAAAUAGCAGGAACGCAUUCUGUUCAGUAAACUCAUAAAUCAACAGAUUUACCUCCAAAAAUCACCCUCGAAAACAGCUGCGUUGUAUUAGCUAAACUAUGACAGAGCCCCAGUCAGCGCUGUUACUCAGGAGACAGCUUGCAGAGCUGAACAAAAACCCAGUAGAGGGAUUCUCAGCAGGCCUCAUUGAGGACAGUGAUCUCUACAGAUGGGAAGUCCUUAUCAUCGGUCCUCCAGACACACUAUAUGAAGGUGGUGUGUUUAAAGCUCAUCUGACAUUUCCCAAAGAUUACCCCCUCAGGCCACCUAAAAUGAAAUUUAUCACAGAUAUUUGGCAUCCUAAUGUUGACAAGAAUGGAGACGUUUGCAUUUCUAUUUUGCACGAACCCGGCGAGGACAAGUACGGCUACGAGAAACCGGAAGAGCGCUGGCUGCCGAUCCACACGGUGGAAACCAUCAUGAUUAGUGUUAUCUCUAUGCUGGCAGACCCAAACGGUGACUCACCAGCCAACGUGGACGCUGCAAAAGAGUGGAGGGAAGACAGACACGGUGCGUUCAAAAGGAAAGUUGCUCGUUGUGUACGAAAAAGCCAAGAAACGGCGUUCGAGUGAUAUUUAAUCAAGGAUCUAGCUUCAUUUAAGUUUUCAGGGUCUCCGAUUAGAAAAUGAAAACGGCACUGUUUCCUGCACUCUUCCACCCCGCUGCCAGGCUCGUCCUCCUUCCUUCUGGCGGGAGCCGACUGGCCGCUGUAGGACGCAAUCUAACAUUACAGCGACUACCGAGGCUGACAGAAAAUCUCCAAGCAAGUGCCAACUCACACAGACAAAACCCCAGAAGAUGUUCAAACCUUUUUUCUGAACUGCUUCAACAUUCAGGAGGCUAUUGUAAAGACAUGUAAAUAGCACAGACUAAACCGGAUAAUAUAUACGCUCUCUUCAUUCAUCGAGACAUUUAGACCAAAUAUAUAGCGCUGGUUCGGAUAGUUAUUUUUGUCUUUUUUCUUUUUUCCACGGCAUGCGUUGGUUAUGGUUAGGUUUUUUCCACAGGAGGUCUUAAAGACGACAAAGCGGUGCUGUUGGAGGAACGUCACCUGUGAAGAGUUUAACUGUAUCGAGGCGGACUCCCACCAGACCCUCCCAGAGUUCAGCUUCACAUGUGAAUGAUUUUGUUUUUUUCAGUUUGAAGUCUUACCAUUCUGCUCAGAGGAAUCAUGAUUUAAAAAAAAGAACAGAACUUAAGUAAUUGUGCAUGCAAAGUUAAUUAUUUGUUUCGAAAGUGCCUCCUAAUAAAAUGCUUGGCCGCUCCAUCCUGCAUUAACCAAGUGUUCAAAUGCUAUGGCGAAGCCACCGUUCUUACCAUGGGUUUAUAAAAGAGCCACUCCCUGCUGUUAUUAGAGCGUUUGCUGUAGCAAUAAGGCCCCCAGUAUUACAGACAUGCUCAUUUUAGAUAUCCUGAUACAUUUUGGGGUUUUCCGUUUAAUUGUAGCUGAAGUUCUUUCCCUUAUGCAUUCACUGUAGGAAGAUUUAUGCAUGCUUUUUUUCCCAGAUUUUUAUUUAAUUUUUUUUUUUUUUUUUUGGUGUGGGGGAAUUUAGUUUGCAAACAUUUGAGUGUUUAUAUGCACUGUGUGUGUGUCCAUUUUCUGUCUGAUGUUCUUUAUCCGUUCUUCACGACUCCCUGAUGUUUCCACCCAGUUCUGCCUGACGUAAAAACAAAAUACUGACAUGAAUUCAUGUGAAACCCGUCACCUGGGGUCUGUUCAUCUAAAACAUGAGUUAUUUUCUUUUAGUAUUUAUGUGUACUUAUUUGUUUAGGUACAACUUAAAUCAUAAAACCCUGUUAACUUUUUAAAAAUGUAAAACGAAACCUUUGCAGCUAAAUAAUUUAAGACUUAAAUGUUCUUUUACUGCAGGUGUUCGGAAAGGCGUUGUCAGUGUUGCCUGUAUUAAACAUACGUGAGCAGUACGCUUUGGUUCAAUUCGAUGCUGCAGACAAAAAAAAUAAAAUUGGAUUUUACUCAAAAAUAAUUUAGAUUUUUCUGGUUAUUUCUGAUAGUUGUAUUUUUGUCAAUGCAGUUUUUACCUCAUUGGUGAAUUAUGUCUUGAGUUGUUGUUUUUGGGGAGCUGAAUGAUUGCUCUAGAAUUUGGUGCAUUUGUUUGAAUUUAUUCAGGGAUUUAUUUUCCUGCAAUAACUCAAAUCCAGAUUUUAGAAAGAGUUUGUGCAGCAAACCUCAAUUUUCAGCUAAACUGAGGCUCUCCAUAGGAAUAAACAACACUUGAUAGUUUUCUUGUUGGUAGAGUUGAAUUUUUUGGUUACAUUUGUGGAUUUUCUUUUCUGCAAAAGGAGAUCAUUUUAAACAACUUAUUUUCUAUCUAGCUAAGCCUAAAUUUGAGAAUUUUGAACCAUUUUCUAAAUAAUUUAUUCUACAUUUCACAACAGCUUUGAUGUUUAAUGUUUCAGGUCUGGGUUGCAGAUGUCUAGCUGAAUUUGGAUUAUGUUUGAAGGUUGUUGUCCUCUUUCAUUGUUUAUUAUUUUAUGCAAUUCACCUGGCAGCUAAGCAGCUCCACAGGAUGAUGCAACCAUGACUGGAGUGAAACGCCUUUCAUUUACUGCUCCAAACACACCUCUGAUCUCAACUAAUCUCACUGUUUUAUCUUUGUCUUUACUUCAUUCAUGUGCUCAGCUGUAAACUUGGUGUUCAUUUGGAGUAUAUUUUUAAAUUGAAAUUUCAAAAUGUCACAUCUGCAUCAGUUUUCUGCCACUAGGGGGUGACAUUUUUCCAACACACUCAAAUGUGUCACUACAGCUGCAGUUAUGAUCACUAUUAUGUAAAGAAGGUAACAGAUCUUGACAAUGGUGAGAACAAAUAUUGCAUAUGUGCCCCACUCUCCUGUUGUGUUUGUGUGUAUUUUGUCCUUGCAUUGAUUUCAGAAAACCCCAAAUAAAAUUAAACUUGUGCA